CAACGCAGGCAAUUGACUAGGGUUUGAGACGCGCUCUCAAUCUCGGGCAGCGCACUGGUCCACCUGGAUGCCGUGAAUUUCGCCUGCUUGCUUUCAAUCCUGUCUGAAGACGCACUUUGAAAAUGGCUGGGGCAAUUAUUGAGAAUAUGAGCACCAAAAAGUUGGUGAUUCUGGGAGUGAUUCUCAUGUUAUUCCAAGCGUUUUCCUUUAUGGUCGGAGGGCUGAUUGCUCCGAGCCCCACCGCUGCCGUUUCCUAUCUGGCCACCAAGUGUGUGGACAAUGAGAAGACCCACCAUAAGAACCCCAAGUGGUUCACGCCAUGGGGCCCGGACCAGUGCAGCAAGAUCAAAGACUUUGAUGAGGCCAUGGUCAAGAAAAUCGAGGCUAACAAUAUCGUGUUUGCCAUCCACAUUCCCCCGCCCAACACAGAGAUGAGUACCUGGUUUCAGUUCCUGUUGUUGAUCCUCCAUUUCGACAUCGCCUUCAAAAUUCAAAACCAGAUUGCGGAUGGAGCUUCGAUCACCAUUGAUGUCAGGCUGGCCUACAGAGACGACAAACUGAGCGAGUGGACACAGAUGGCCCAUUCCGUAGAGCAACGCAAACUCAGCUGCAAUUUCACUGCAGCAAAGACUAUAGAAAAUGAGGGUCGCCUCUAUGAUUGUGACCUGUUGCCCUUUAUGGAGCUUGGCAGUGUGGCCCAUAAGUACUAUCUUCUCAAUGUCCGACUGCCUGUUAAUGAACGAAAAAAGGUCAACAUCGGGAUUGGAGAAAUCAACGACAUGCGUCUUGUGGGCAUUCAUCAAAAUGGUGGCUUCACCAAGGUUUGGUUUGCCAUGAAGACGUUCCUCACUCCCAGCGUCCUUAUUAUUAUGAUCUGGUACUGGAAGAGAAUCACUCAGAUGACCAGACCACCUGUCCUGCUGGAAAAGGUCAUCUUCGCUCUGGGAAUCUCCAUGACCUUCAUAAAUAUCCCAGUGGAGUGGUUCUCUGUGGGCUUUGACUGGACCUGGAUGCUGCUGUUUGGUGACAUCCGUCAGGGCAUCUUCUACGCCAUGCUGCUCUCCUUCUGGAUCAUCUUCUGUGGAGAGCACCUCAUGGACCAGACUGAGAGGAACCGCUUUUCAGUGUACUGGAAGCAGGUUAUACCCAUUGUCUUUGGCUCCUUCUGCCUUUUCAUAUUUGAUAUGUGCGAGAGAGGAGUACAGCUAAAGAAUCCUUUCUACAGUAUCUGGGCAUCAGAUGUCGGGACAGAACUGGCUAUGGCCUUCAUCAUUGUCGCAGGAAUCUGUGCAUGCCUCUACUUUUUGUUCCUGUGCUUCAUGGUGUUCCAAGUGUUCAGGAACAUCAGCGGGAAAAGGUCGUGUUUGCCUGCUAUGACUAAGGCUCGUCGACUGCACUAUGAGGGUCUCAUCUUCCGCUUCAAAUUCCUGAUGUUGGUCACGCUAGCAUGUGCUGCCAUGACUGUCAUUUUCUUCAUCAUAAGCCAGGUGAGUGAGGGUCACUGGCUCUGGGGCGGGCACACGGUUCAGGUGAACAGUGCCUUCUUCACUGGCAUCUAUGGAAUGUGGAACCUUUACGUGUUUGCCCUCAUGUUUCUCUACGCACCGUCGCACAAACGCUAUGGAGAUGAGCAGUCAAGCGCUGAUCAGGCUGGAAACAGCGGUGAAGACACACAGCUGACCACCACCAUCACACAUGUCGACGGACCCACAGAGAUCUACAAAAUGACUGGCAAAGAAGCUCAAGAAUAACCUCUACCCAGAGUUCAACACGCGUCUCAAGUUCUGCUUUUGUGUGUCCUGUUUGGUCCCCUGCAUUUCAGACAAAUAUAAACCGAUAUUAAGCCUCUUUUUUUCAACGUUUGAUUUCCAUCCCACUGCGUGUCAGUUUAAGAACAGCUGCUUGUGGAGAAAAAAAGUGGAGUUGCACACCAUCUUGUGGGUGCAAGAAGAAAUUCAGAAGCCGUUCUCGCAUUGUGGAUGGAAAAAGACACUGGUGUUUUGCAAGGACCAAUACAUGGAGGAAAGAAAAAACAAGGUCCUUUUCCUAUAAUCACGCAGCAAUUAUUUCCUGCUUCUAUAUUUUGUAUCUGAGAUAAUGGCUUUCCCUUCAUUUCUUAACCUCAAAACAAGGAAGAACAACACUGUCAACAUGCUGUAUAGUUACUUAUGUUUCUGUCAGUUGAUCCUUCCUCAUCUGACUUCCUUAAACACUCCCUGCCAAAUGUAAACACGGUAUAAACAUGAAUGACUGAGUUCAAACCAAGAGCUAGGGACGGACGUCACUUCACGUACCAAUAGAUAGAUUCAGGUCCUUAUGUUCUGAAUGGCAAACACUAUGUUCAUUAUGUUACGAUGUAGAGAUCUAUUUUUUAUAAAGUGCUUAUUUUCAUCUGUAUGAAAGUAUUAGUGGCUGUAUUGUAUCAUCUUUUUGAGGUUUUUCGAUUAUAUCACAUUGGAAAUUUAGGGUUUUGUUUGUUUUUUCAUGCUUUUUAUGCAAAUUUAAAUAAUAAAAAACACAUUUUAGAUUUGCUUGGUUAAUGGGACUUUGCUUGAAAUGAUGGUAUAUAUGCACAAAAAGAUGCUCUACAACAAUAAAUCUCAAAAUUACACUAUCACUG